UCAACAAUGUACUCUAUUUCCUGGCACACGUACCACUGAGGGUGAAGUCUCCUUUUUACAAGAAGCAAAUUUUGGAGGAGAGCUCUCUAACAAGGAAAGGCCGUGUGGCUAUUCAGAGAGACAAGAAGAAGGGAGGCAAAUUCCAGCCUUUGAAGAAGUUGUUUGGCAAAAGGAAAAAGAAAGGCACGUCGAGGGCCCGGGAGGCGUCUGCAGGGCGCAAGUGUCGCUCUCCCCCGAGUGUCAGCAAUGGGACCUUCUCUUCCGACGAGGAGACCCUGGAGGACAGCCUGAGCGACAGUUGGGCAAGAACAUCAAGUUUGGGCAGCCACCACCCAAUGCCAUUCCCAUGAAGAAGGCAGACAGUGGCGAGGCUCGCUUGGAAGAGGAUCCGCUCCUGACCAGUCCCAUGGAAAUUGUGACUCAGCAGGACGUCAUCCUCUCAGACACCGAGAACAAAUCCAGUGAGACGCCAAGUUCUCCGGGUCCUCUGAAUCUGCCUGGAGCCGGAAGUGAGAUGGAAGAGAAGGCUGCUCCAGUUAAAACGUCUCGGCCAAAAAGGCACUUCUCCUCUGCCGGCACCAUCGAAAGUGUCAACCUAGAUGCCAUUCCUCUGGCCAUCGCCCGCCUGGACAACAGUGCCGCCAAGCACAAACUGUCCAUUAAGCCAAAAAACCAGAGGGUGUCAAGGAAGCACAGGCGACUUGUUGGGGAUCGACAGAACGAGCAAGGUGGCUUCCCGCAUCAGCUGUCCCUAGACCAGAAUGGGCACCCUGGAGAAGACAAGCCAAUCUGGCAUGAAGAGGAGCCAGAGGCGCUGGACUCGGAGGAAGAGAAGCGACGCCAAGAAGAAUACUGGCAAGAACUUGAGGCCAAGUGCAAACGGCAAAAGGCCGAAGCGGCAGAGAGGCGACGCCUGGAAGAGCAGAGGCUCCAGGCCCUGGAGAGGAGGCUUUGGGAGGAGAAAAGAAGGCAGGAGGAGCUCUUGGAGGAGGAAGGAGAGGAAGAGGAGGAAGGAGUACAGCUAGAGGCAGCAAAGAGGCAGCGUGAAGAGGAGCCGCAGAGCCCGGAAGAGCCAGGCUGCCGAGGCCCAGAGCUGAGGGAGCAAGACGAAGGAGAGCGCCUGGAAGCCGAGGAGCCGAGAUGCCUGCAGGCAGAGGCGCGGCUCCUGGAGAGCCGCGCGCAGCAGGAGGAGCUGGAGGCUCGGAGCCAGCAUGAGGCCGAGAAGCUGCGGCGGGAAGAGGAGGAGAGGCGGCAGGAGUUGGAGGCGCAGAGGCGGUGGGAGGAGGGGGAGGAGGAAGAGGGGGAGGGGGAGGGGGAGGAGGGGGAGGAGGAGGAGGAGGAGGACAAACGGAUGCAGGAGCUCAGAAGGCAGGAAGAGCUGGAGGCGCAGAGACGGCGGGAGGACGCGGAGGCGAAGAGGAGGCAGGAAGCGGAAAAGAAGCUUCAGGAAGCACCGAGAGUGGAAGAGGAGAAUCAGCCGCUGCUGGACCACAAAAGGGGCUUGAGGAGCCCACUUCAGAGCGACACUGCAGAGAAAGCAGAACAAGAACACCUGAAACUCGAGAAGCCAAGAGAAAACUCUGAGGAACCGAGUAUUUGGGUGAAGCAGAGCCAAGAGGCCACCGAGCCAUCAGGCGAGCAGGCUGGAAAGCAGGGGGAUGUUCCCGGGGAUCAUCGUUGUGGAUGGCAGGAAAAGAGGGAAGAAACCAACUCAGAGCUGCCGCAGAAACAAGAGGCCCAGGUGGAAGAGGCGUUGGCUCCAGGAGAGAAGAAAGAAGCUGCCGCUCCAGAAACAGACAGAAAGGUAGAGGAACUCAGAUGGCAGGAGGUAGAUGAGAGGCAGACCAUGCCCAGACCCUACACUUUCCAGGUGUCAUCCGGAGGGAAACAAAUUCUCUUCCCCAAAGUCAAUCUGAGCCCCGUGAAACCCAUGAAAGAUGAGGGGCUCGCCUCUGGUCCCCAAGAGCCAAAAGCCCCCAAAGCCAGCCCGGCCUCCCACGCCCUGCCCUCGUCCCUGAGCAUCCCCCACACGGCCAUUCUGGUCACGGGAGCCCAGCUCUGCGGCCCGGCCGUCAACCUGAGCCAGAUCAAGGACACGGCGUGCAAGUCUCUCCUGGGCUUGUCGGAAGAAAAGAAGCACGUGGAUGUCCCCGCCCUGGAGAACCCACCUCGAGCCCCAGGCGACCCCCGGGCAGGCAGUGGGAAGACCAGGCCCUCACAGGAGUCUCCGAGCAGCGUGGCCGCGCUCGCUGAAUGGGCUUCCAUUCGGUCCAGAAUCCUGAAGAACGCAGAGAGUGACCAGCGCGGCGAGCGAGACCAGUCUCGGCCGGGUGAUGAACACACGCCCAGGGGCCGAUGUGAUUCCCGCGGGAACCUCCGGAGGACCCCGCCGGUAAAUGCAAAGUUCUCCAUUAAGCCUGCCUGGCAGAAAUUCUCUGAUGGGGGCGGGGAGACCUCCAAACAGAACACGGAAGCGGAAAGCGUUAGAAAAAGAUCCCUGCCGGGCCCCAGCGAAGAGGCCCGCCCCCAGCUCCCUGCUGCUGAUACUAAAGAGCCCGUGAAGGGUGCAGAGAAACCGGAGGCGCACGAGGAGCCAACGGACACCACGGAGGGGUGCAAAUUUGCCAAAGACCUUCCAUCUUUCCUUGUUCCAAGCCUUCCUUACCCUCCACAGAAAGCAGGGGCCCAAGCAGAACCCGUGGUCACUUCGGACAGCGAGACCACAGGUGGAGUAGGAAAGCCGGAGCCCGUGAUGCCAGGUGGGGAGGAUAAAGCUUCCCCUUUUGGAAUAAAAUUGAGAAGGACCAACUACUCCUUGCGCUUCCACUGCGACCAACAAACGGAACAAAAGAAGAAGAAAAGGCACAGCAGCACGGGGGACAGUAUCAAUGGGGCGCCGUCAGCUCCGGGGAGCACAGCUGGAGAGAGAGAGACAGAGGCUGCGGCCCUCAAGCAUGGCCCGUCCCUCCCCGCCGAGAGGAGGCAAGCCCCGGCCCCCUGGAAGGACUCUGCUGAAAGCCCUCCCAGCGACUCUCCUCUUGCAGCCCAGCCUGGGCCCCCAGCAGCCAGCAGCCAGCCCCCGGCUCCAGAGCAGGACAGGGCAGCGAACAGAACGCCCUUGGCCCAGAAGCCAGCCCUGGCUCCCAAGCCCGCGGGCCAGACUCCGCCGUCCUCCCCGAUCUCCAAGCUGAGCAGGCCCUACUUGGUGGAGCUGUUGGCUCGCCGGGCGGGGAAGCCUGACCCGGAGGCCGGCGAGCCGUGUAAGGAGGGCCGGGACAACAGAGACCCCCGGAUGCCCUCACCCCCGCCGACCGAGGAGAGGAAGGACCAGAAGCGGAAUGAGGAGGAAGAGGUGGAAACAGAGAGGAAGCCAGCUUCCCCGGCGCCAUCUGCCGCCCGGCAGGAAAAGCCUUCCGCGACACCCGAGGCGGGGAGGAAAGAAAAGCCGACGCUUCAGAGCAGACACUCUUUAGACAGCUCCAAACUUGUGGAGAAAGUUGAAACCGCGCAGCCACUGUGGAUAACGUUGGCACUGCAAAAGCAGAAGGGGUUUCGGGAGCAGCAGGCGACUCGAGAGGAGAGGAAGCAAGCCAGGGAGGCCAAACAGGCAGAAAAGCUCUCCAAAGAAAACGUCAGUGUCAGCCCGCAGCCUGGAAGCAGCAGUGUCAGCAGAGCUGGUUCCCUGCACAAGUCCACCGCUCAGCCAGAAGAGAAGAAGCCAGAGACAGCAGCGUCCAGGCUCGAGCGCCGAGAACAGCUGAAAAAGGCCAACACUCUUCCUACAUCUGUGACAGUGGAGAUCUCUGAUUCGGCUCCCCCAGCACCACUGGUGAAAGAAGUCACAAAGAGAUUCUCUACCCCAGACGCUGCCCCCGUGUCAACAGAACCAGCCUGGCUGGCUUUGGCCAAAAGGAAAGCCAAGGCCUGGAGCGACUGUCCACAGAUUAUUAAGUAAAGAGUGACUCUUAUCCAUUCCUAUUGCCAGUUAUUGGCUCUUCUCUUGCCCUUUUUAUUUAUUUAUUUUUUAUAUGAGGUAAAGAAAGAAACGAAGCUAGGGAAAAGCAGCAUGUUUUAUAGGCUCUAAAAUAAUGUUUAGAAACUGAACUGGUGGUGUUCCUUGUAAAGAGUGUAUUUGCACAGCCCUAGGUCCUGGUGCCUUGAGCUCCUCCUAGUUCUAAAGAGAAAAUUCCGUCCUAGGGACCAUAUGAAGCAAAAUCUCCAGACUGAGAACUUCUCACGAGAGCCUGCCACACCCAUUCCAUGGCCCUUCCACACACAUACACCCACACACCAUUCAGAACAUGUACUUUUGCCAAUCUUUGUAACAGUUUUCUUGAUUCUGUACUCCUGUUUCUUUUUUCCAAACCAUUUACCAUGUGCUUGGGGAUUUCUACCCUUUUCUAUAGUAAUAGUGAAAGGAUCUUAUAUAAACAAGAGUGCCCAUUCGCCUGAAUGCAGUGAGUAACUGGGAAUUGCAAGUAAAAGUCUGGCUCCCAACUCUUUGCCCAUAUCUGCUUCUCAUGAUUUUGCCCCAACAGGAAACUGUAACACAGACAGCGAGUCCAUUGACUCUUCUACCGCACUGUUGAGCUACAGGCCUCGUUAUACCACAACUCUCCUCAAGGACACGUUAACCAUUUGGCCCAGCUGGCUCCUAGAGAACAUUUUUAUUUAAAAUGAUUUUUUAAAAAAAGAA